CAUGUAUUUUGAACCAUCUGACUCGGACAAUUCGAGUGAGGUGACCUUUUGUAUAUCAUAUUUCUUUUAUUUCGUAAAUUUAUGAUUAUUUAUAAACACUUUCACAAAUAUAUAUAUUUUUAGAUAUUUUAUUGAUUGUACUUUAGAUGAAAUAACUUUUUUUAAAAAAGUCGGGCUAUCACUUUUCGACUUACUAGAUAUAAAAUCAAAAUAUUACUCGACAUUAAUGAAUGAUUCAUUGUGUUGAUUGAUACAGAUACAACUACAAAAAUAUUAAUGGAUAUCCAAUCCAUUUCCAACAUGUUAUGCAGUCACAAUACUUACAUUAAUAAAAAUGAAAUAAUAUCAAAUACAACUAAGAGCACAUGAGGGUUCAGAAGCUAAUCAAUAUAAAUUUUCUACUAAAAAUAAUUUGUGUCGUACAUUCUUUCGUUUUGAAAAUCUUCAGUCAUUGAAACAGUUUAGUUAUAGUAUUACAAUUAUUAUAUAAACAAAUUAGAUAAAUAUUGUCGAUCUGUUCUCAUGUUGUUUCCAAGGGAAAACUUAGUACUGUUAUUUUGAAUUUUCGUUAUAGUUCCCUAAUGAAAGUUUUGAACAUAUCUUUAUACGACAUUUUUUUCUUAUUUUCAUCCAUAGUUUUCAUUCACUGGCAAAGUAACGUGUAAUAAUAGGACUUAUUCAAUGUAUAUCAUCCGGAGAAGAAAGAAGAAACAGAAUAAAAUAGAUGGGACAAUGCGAGCUACAGUUAGUUCGCGAUUAUGAAGUACUACCGCCAAUCGCCACAUUGCGUCGCUAGUUUGAUAUUCCUGUUCUAGCCAACAAACUUUGUAUUUAAUUUUAAUGGCAGUAAAACUUCCUAACCUGUUAUGUAAAAGGAAUUCAAAUAAGAUUGUUUUUAGUUACAAUAAAUUAUCUUAUCAAUCAAUUAUAUAGAAAACUAAAAAUAUUUAUAAUGGUUUCUAUCAUCACACGAACAUUUUCAUCUAAACCUUCAAACAUAGAUAAUCUAAAAGAUAUAGAUCCAUUGAGCCAUCCAGACUUUUUUAAUGUUUAUGAUAUGUUUACUGUCAAAGACCUGUUUGAUGCAAGAGUACAUUUUGGUCACAAGGAAGGUUCUUUAAAUGAGUAUAUGAAACCUUUUCUAUUUGGAUCCAGAUUAGGACACUUAAUAUUUGAUUUAGAUCUAACUGCUGAAUUAUUACGGCAAGCAUUAAAUUUCACAGCUCAUAUAGCUUCCAGGAGUGGAAUAAUUUUGUUUAUAGCAAAAAAUCCUCAAAUUUCUUAUCUUGUGGAAACCACUGCAAAAGAAUGUCAAGAAUAUGCUCAUACAAGACGGUGGAAACAUGGAACAUUUACAAAUGCCACGUGUGAAUUUGGAAGUAUUACCAGAUUGCCGGAUUUGUGUAUAUUUUUGAAUACUAUGUACUCUGUUGUUGAACCACAUAUGGCAGUGAAUCAUGCAGCUAAAAUGUGUAUUCCAACAAUUGCUAUUGUAGAUACAAAUUGCGAUCCCAGACUUAUAACGUAUCCUAUUCCUGGAAAUGAUGAUACAUUUUGUAGUAUAGAGUUGUAUUGUAAAUUAUUUAAAGAAGCAAUAAUGAGAGGAAAAAAGUAUAGGGAUGAUAUACUUGCAAAAAAUAUAGAAUUUAAUGUAUAGUGGGUGUAAGAAUAUUAUAAAUAAAUUUGUAUAUUAUAUUGCAUAUUGUAAUAUAUUUUUUCUUGUUGAUCCUUUGAUGUACCUUUAAUUAUUCUUGCUGCAGUUGCAUUAACAUCUUUUAUGUAGUACUACUCUAAAUAUUAAAGUGAAGCUUUAGUGACAAUUUUAUGUAUAUAAUAAUUUCUUUUUUCUUUAAUUCUAUAAUAGUGCUUCUGUAGUUCUUUAUAAUUCAAAGAUGAAUGCUUCCACCAAUAAUUUUGAAUUGAUAAAAAUAUUGCAUUCACUAUAAAAGAAAAAGAAAAAAAUAAUAAAAAGGAAAUAUCCGUACUAAGAUAAAUAAAAUAUCCGAUAAAAGGAAAAAUAUUCGUACUAAGAGUCUUUUUUGUCAAUUCCUAUUCUAAAUUUUCAUCUGCCAUAUUAAUUGUUCAUUACAAUAUCAUUAAAUUUUUUUUUGUAAGAUACUGUGUUACAUUCUGAGUUAUAAGUUAAUUUUAUACUUAUUGUUAGUGAUUAUUUUGAUGUUUUAACUGUAUUAGUAAAUGUUGAAAUAAUUUUUCCUAAAAUAUUAAUUUUAAAAUUAAGAAAUUAAUUUAAAGGAAAUAUCUAUUUUACACUCAACAUGUAAUAGUAAUUUUUUAUUGUUAGAUAUAUUUUUAAUCUUUGAACUAACACUUUCAGUUCUUUGCAAGUUAGUUUUUUGUUUUUUUCUAUAUUCAUCAAUAUCUUCAGCUAAUUUUACAAUUAAUUGCAUCUUAUAUUCAUGCUAUUCUUGUCUUUCACAUAUAGAUUUUAUUAUUUAUAAAAUUUAUGAAUAAUAUAUUUUAUUUAUAAUUAUAAUUUAUAAAUAAAUUAAUAAUUUUAGUCAUAAAUUAA